CCCUCGCUGUCCACAACUCCGCUUUGUCGAGGUCGCUAUCUCACCUGCAGCUUUCCAACCUCGUUAUACUUUCACCACCACUACCACUCCACCAACUUUUCAUCAUCUUCAACUCUACACAUCCGGUUUCGCAUGCUGCGCUCUUGGAGAUUACCUCCACCUUUGAAUUCAAGGUUCGUUUGCUCGUGUGACAAUCUCUGUUGUCGCGUCGAGCCCCAAUCGUAGCUUCUUUGCAGAGACGCUCAAGGUCGCCACGCGUCGCGCGCAUUGGUCUUUAUCGGAACGACCAUAUAGGGGGUCUGACCUGCGUGUAGGGAGUCAGGAUUGACGGACUCUGAUAUUGGUGGUCUUGCGCAUUGUCUUGUGCUUGCGCCCUGUUUGUAGCUCAGAGCUUGAAGUUUGAGAGAUCGCGUACUAUAAAUAUAAUCGCCACCUGCCAGUGAUUUCCGCGUACAGUUCAUUUCCUUCGCCAUGGCUGACGAACCACGUCGCUCUGGCCGAGCCACCAAAGGCCAGCACACAAAACUUGACGAGGAAGAGAAAGCGACAGCUAUCCCUGCGAAGAGCAAGGGCGGUAAGAAAGGAAAAAAGAUCAAGGGAAAGAAUUUAAAAGCUGAGGAGGUAGUAGAAGAGGAAGAGGAAGAAGAAGAGGGAGAUGAUGAAGGUGCAAACGGGCCGGAUGAUUUUGUUCGCUGCAUCUGCGGUGCUACAAAAGAAGAAGACGAUGACGAAGGCAUGCAAUGGGUCGCUUGCGAUACAUGCGGUGCCUGGCAGCAUCAGGAUUGCAUGAUGCUGGACACCCAACCGUGGCCUGCCGAGCGCGACUACUAUUGCGAACAGUGCAAACCAGAGGCGCACAAGGGCCUGCUUGCUGCUAUCGACAGAGGGGAGAGACCCUGGGAACAUAUAGCCCGUCUAGCACCUAAGACAAAGGGUAAAAAGAAGGGCGCCAAGGCAGCAAACUCUAAGGCCCGUCUAAGUGAGGCAGCCUCAGCCAAAGCUGAGGAUAUAGGAACUCCGAAGCCUGGCAAAACAUCAGCUAAAGGAACACCUGUCCCUCCAGCGAAAGCUACGACGCCAGCAGCGGCCAACGGCGCCUCGAGAAGCACUUCGGCCCCAAAGACCUCCGUAGAGGCACCUGCACAGUCAAAACGCAAACGCGCAUCUGAUGUCAAGGAUGCUGGGCCUACAGAGAAACGCCUCAAGUCCGAGACACAAUCGACCAAUGCGUCAACAUAUUCCAUUAACUCGCUCCCAGGCCCGCGACAAAAACUUAUUAAGCCACUGUCUGACAUCAUCCAAAAGCAGGUUGGCGAUCUUGUUCAGACUCGGAAGAUCAAUUUACCACCUGGACUGACCAACGCCUCCUAUUCUGAUGGUAUAGCGCUCCAAAUUGAUCACGCUCUUGCCGCGGUACAGGGUGACCUCGAGGGCAAGGAUAGUGCAUACUUUCAACAAUGGCAAAGUCUCAAGUUCAACAUGAGCAAUAACAUGGAUAUAUUAUACAAGCUUUUGACCCAGGAAUACUCGCCAGAAGUUCUCGCACAGAUGUCUUCCGAGGAUAUGCUGAAUGAGGAGCGUAAGAAGGAGAACGCAGCGCUGAGGGAGGCUGCUGAGAAGCAGUCAGUCAUGAUUCAUGAAGAUGGCCCACGAAUCCGGAAGACACACAAGGGGGAUGAAUACAUCGGUGGCGAAGAAGUUCAGCGUCAGAAAUCCCCACUUCCGCCCCCGAUCCAUCGAGAUAACGAUGUGGUGGACGAACGAACGGGAGUCGACAGUGGUAUCGUCGAGCAGACUGUGGGAGAUCGUCAAGCGUUGACCGUCGACACUGGUGCCUUACCUGGAUCACCACGCGCAGCAAGACAGGCCUCGGGUACCUUCGAUAUCAACAACGUUUACAGCAAGAUAGGCUCACCGAAUGACAUUAAUCGUAGGCCCUCAGAGGCUUUCCGGCGCCAGAGUUCUGCUGUCACCCCUGCGACACCCACGCCUCCGACGAAAGACGAGGAUAUUGACCGCUUGCUCCGUGUCGACGAACCAACCGAAUCAGACUACACCAAUAAUCCGGAUAUUAAAUGGGUCGGUAAUGUGGUCAUGGCACCCAUACAUAAUUACCAUGCAUGCGGACGUCACAUAGCUGGUGCUGAUCUUGGACAAAAGCUCGACUGGAAACAAGUCAUCCCAGAGACCCCUGAGAUCCGCGGCCGUAUAGAUCCGACUCGAGCAAACGAUUACAUUGCAAGUCUACGGACUAGUAAUUGUACAGACGUCAGCGUUAUCAACCUAACGCCAGUCGACAAUGAGUCAUUCGAGCAGAAAGACAAGAUUUGUAGCUAUUUCCUCGAUCGCGACCGCUGGGGUGUCGUUCACAAUGCACCCAGAGACAAGGAUCCCGAUUCCCCCGUGCGAGACCUAUACAUCAUUCCAGUAAAAGCCGAUGCAAUGCAAUUGCCCCUGUUCAUGGAUAUGCUCGAACACUGCACAAUAUCUGCGCCGCCUGAGGAGAAUCUUCUACUUCUCUGCAUCAUCGCCCGUACUGCCACUCCUACAGUAAGCGCAGAUGCUACACCUAUGGACGCUCCCUCUGCGACACCAACUCACGCUGCAAGUCUUCCGCCUUCUGGAGUGGGUUCUCUGACAGGUCCUAUGCCAACGCCUCAAUAUUCACCCAUGGUUGGGCAGACCCCUGGGGCGCCGGUAUCGUUUGGAACUCCUACUCCUACUCCACUUGCUCACAUUGGUCCUGUAGGGUCGGCCUCUGCAUUGAAUAUUUUAGGUACCCUAUUCACGACGACGGUGGCACAGAAAAUACUCGCGGCAGAUCCGUCACCAGCAGAGGAUAUGCUAAGAAACCUAAAGCAGAUUAUGGAAUCGUACCCGGAGACGAGAGAAGAUAUGUCGAAACUCAUGGAGCACGUACAAAAUCAUAAAGGUCGUGCAUAAGAGCCGUUGAUGAAGACGUCUUUUCGGGUGGCUUUUUGGGCGGCAUGAUAAUGACUCUUGAAUGCUGCAAACUCUGAUGUGGCUGAGGUCCUCGUUGGGGUCCUACAGCUUAAACCUUUGUUACUCAUACCCCUAUUCGCACGACUGCAUGUGGUUAUCGGAGGCGGAACGUGGUCAUUCGUACACGAAUUGCAAUUUUUUGGACGUGCCAUCGUCUUCUGCGCUGUAUGCCGAAGCACCUUGUUUACUUGUUUCAUACCGUUUGGUAGAUCUUUCACACUUGAGGGCAGGACAUGCGUUUUGAUCAAACUACCUUACUUCACGCACAGCCAUAAAAUGUGCAGCCAGAUCAGACUCUCGAGUUUGUUACGAGCGAUAGCCUGUCACAGCAAAGAUAUUAUACUGAUGAAUCCAUGCAAAAUCACACAAUGCGAAC